AAAAUUAAUUCCCAUACACCCUCUUUCUUACGUUUAAGAUGGUUGAACUGGAACGCCAAAAUUAUUUAAAACGUCCAUGUUUCUCUUGGCUUUGCCUUGGAAGUUCAGGGGUGGAAUAAUAUAUAGGUUAUAUUUUAGUUUUGUUUUCCCUUUAUUUAUAUAUUGAAGCAGAUACAACUAGCAUGCAUGGAGUGUAGAGAAGUCAACGUGGUUUCCACCGAACCGGUUGUAUAUAUACAUACAGAGAGAAAGGAAGAAAAUCAUUGCAUGUGUUUGAUGAUGGAGUCAAGAAAAAGCGCAGUGUUGCUGAUAUUUGUUUCAGUUUCAGUGUGGCAGCUGCAGGGUGGAAGUAGCAGUGUUGUGGUAUCGAAGGAUGGGAGUGGAGAUUAUAGAACGGUGGGUGAAGCCAUUAUGCAGGCUCCUGACAUGAGUGAUAGACCCUAUACCAUUCACGUACGAGCAGGCACUUAUCAAGAGUACCUCUUCGUUCCUCCUCAUAAGACUAACAUUAGGCUCCUUGGAGAUGGACCUCACCACACCAAAAUAGUAGGCUACCAAAAUGGUUCCACCAUUGACAUUCGUGGAGAUGGGUUCAUGGCAGCGAAGAUGGGAUUUGCGAACUGGGCAGGCUUGAAUGCAAGCAGUGCAGUGGCGGUUCGGAACGAGGCAGACAAGAGCAUAUUCUUCCAAUGCUCCAUCGAAGGGCUCCAGGACACACUGUGGGCGGUUUCGGGGCGUCAGUUCUACAAAAAGUGCGAUAUCUACGGCACGGUGGACUUCAUCUACGGCAGCGCAGCGGCGGUGUUCCAGGACUGCAUGGUGUACGCGCGGUUCAGAGAGUACGUGACGUUCACGGCUCAGUCGCGAGAGGAUCCGAAUGAGAAAAGCGGGUUCAGUUUCCAAAGAUGCGAAUUCAGAAUGUCGCCGGAGGAUGAGAACAGAAAGAGAGAGGUGCAUGCGAGCCUUGGGCGUCCCCUGAGACCCUAUUCCACCGUCGCCAUCCUCCACUCGUACAUUGACUCCAUCGUCGAUCCUAAAGGUUGGGAGCCCAUGCCCCACCAGCCCACCGACAAAGUCACCUACAUCGAGUUUCAGAAUGUUGGGCCGGGCUCUAACACCGACGAUAGAGUUAACUGGGCCGGCGUGACGGUCCUUAGACACCCGGCCCAAGCAGCCCAUUUCACUGCCUCCUAUCUCUUAGACGCCGACUCUUGGAUUCCCUCCACCGGUGUUCCCUACAACACUGGACUAUAGCCUACUCAAUCAAAUGUAUCUGCUGCUACAAAUCUUACCGCUAUUAUUUUCAAAUUAAUCUCUUUUUAAUCGCUCUUAAAAUUACUCGCUCCAAAUUUAGGAAAAUUUAAAUAAAUGCAAAUUUAAAUUAAUUGAAUUGAUAAUGAUAAG